UUUGGGUUUCUUGUACAAUGACUGGGCCGACAUCUAUGAGCCCGCUGUCUCCCUUCUCUCUCGUCUCCUUCUCUCCUCUGUCACUCUCUCUCUCUCUCUCUCUCUCUCUCUCUCUAAACCCUCCCUCUUUCCCUUCAACUGAAAUUCCAGUUCCUUUUUUUCUUCCUUCAAUCAAAUUUGUAGUACCUGACUUCCCCGGAUUGGGACAUUGAAUUCCAGGGAAUUCCUGUGAGAUGUCUUCAAGAAUUGCCCAAAUUCGUCUUGUGAGUUCACAUCCUGAGGUUUAUGAACCCUGUGAUGAUUCAUUUGCGUUAGUUGAUGCACUUUUAGCUGAUAGAAAAAACUUGUUGGAGCAUAAACCCACCUUGUGUAUGGAAGUGGGUUGUGGGAGUGGUUAUGUUAUCACUUCUUUAAUGCUCAUGCUUGGGGAGGAAGCUAAUGGGGCUCAGUUUAUUGCCACUGAUAUCAAUCACCACGCUAUUAGAGUGACUCAGGAGACUAUGGAAGCACAUAGGGUUCAUGCUGAGUUGAUAAAUACUGACAUUGCAUCAGGGCUGGAGAACCGUCUGGCUGGUUUGGUUGAUUUAUUGGUUGUUAAUCCACCUUAUGUACCAACGCCUGAAGAGGAAGUGGGUCGUGAAGGAAUUGCCUCUGCUUGGGCAGGAGGAGAGAAUGGUCGAAGUGUUAUUGAUAGGAUAUUGCUUGUUGCUCUUAAGCUUUUGUCGAAGCGGGGUUGGUUGUACAUGGUUACUCUUACAGCAAAUAAUCCUUCACAGAUAUGCCGUCAGAUGAGGAAGAAAGGUUAUGAUUCUAGAAUUAUUGUCCAAAGAUCAACAGAGGAAGAGAGUUUACAUAUCAUCAAGUUCUGGAAGGAUUUCGAUAUAGAGGUGGAUGCAAAGGAUGUGGUACCAAACAGCAAUGCAGCUCCCGCAGGUGUCGUGGAUUCUGUACUUUCACAGUUUCAACGAUUGUCAUUUUGGAGAAGUAGUGACGUUAAUAGCAGCAGAUCAGGAAAAUGAAGGAAGGUUUAAUGUUGUUGUCUGGCCAUAUAAUUCUUCUGGUAACCAGGUUUCAUUAUGUUUCAGGGUUAAUCUUGCUUGAGUGUUCUCCCUUGCAGGUGUUAAAUACUCUUUUCCUUUUUGCCUUUUGUUUGGCCUACUUUUAAAUGGCUGAUCUUUGUUCUUGUCUUUUGAACUUAACCAUACAGAGGGCUAAACUGAACAAUUGGGAGCAAGCUCAAGUUUUGUGUUCGCCAAAACAUCUGUCUUAAGACCACUAAUAUCAUGAAUAUCAGUUACAUCUCUA